CCUCGGGGAAAGAUGUUGGGAGGAUCCGGUGCCAUCAAUCAGAUGGUCUAUUUUCGAGGCAAUCGCCAAGACUACGAUCAGUGGGAGCAAUUGGGCAAUGAAGGCUGGAAUUGGGAUGAAGUGCUGCCGUAUUUCAUCAAAUCUGAGAAUAACAAGGCUGCUGAAGUUGUGAAUGCUUACGGUGGUCGUUAUCAUGGAGUUGGAGGAUAUCAGAGCGUUGAUUUUAUGCUGGAGUCUUUGCCCUAUGAUUCGCUGAUAAUGGAAGCUUACAAAGAAGCAGGUUACAAGCAGCUGAUCGAUUUCAACGCAGGGGAGCACAUUGGGUAUGGCUUGAUGCAAUACGUACUAGAAGGUGCCACAAGAGCUAGUAGUGCCAAGUCAUACCUUAAUCCAGUUAAAGAUCGGAAGAAUUUGCACGUCAUCAAGAAUGCCUUUGUAACCUCUCUAAGUUUUAGUUCUAGCAACACUGUUCGAGGAGUCAACUUGAUAGUCCAAGGAAAAUAUCAAAUGCAGGCUUUAGCUAAGAAAGAAGUUAUAUUAUCGGCGGGUGUCUUCAAUUCUCCACAUAUUCUUAUGCUAUCGGGAAUAGGUAGAAAAGAGCAGUUGAAUAAGCUCAACAUUCCUGUCAAAGUAGAUUUGAACGUUGGCAGUAAUUUACAAGAUCAUGUUUUCGUUCCUAUAUUUUUUGGUUUGAAUCGCUCGGUGUCGGGUUUUGAAGAUCUUAGUAGAAGUGCAAUUUAUAGGCUCUUUGAAUAUACUUUUGACAACAAGAGCCAGCUGAUAGAAUUUACUAAAUUGAGGAAUGUGCUGGGACUAGAAAACACUGAAAACAGUACUGGAGAGUUUCCCGACGUACAAUACUAUAAUAUUCAUUUCUCGAAAGGAAACUUCACCGCGUUAAAAGUCUUUAACAUACACAGCUACGAACCAUACUUGGCAAAUUCUAUGAGAAAAUAUAUUGCGGAGCAGGAUGUUGCAGGAGUUUAUAUUUCAGAGCUCAAUCCAAAAUCACGUGGUACUUUGAAGAUAGUCUCGACCAAUCCUAAUGAUCAUCUUACAGUAGACACCGGUUUCUUCUCUGAACCAGACGAUAUAACUCCCUUCAUCAAAGGUAUAAGAAAGCAGCAAAUUUUAUUCAACACUCCAACCUUCAAAAACUAUCAGGCCAUCAUCAUCAAACUCGAUAUACCCGAUUGUGACAAGUUCACAUUCGACUCAGAUCAAUACUGGGAAUGUUAUGUGAAACACACCAGUUCGUCUACUUAUCACCCUACGAGUACGGCGAAGAUGGGUCCAAAGUCAGACUCAGAUGCUGUGGUAGAUUCCCAGCUUCGAGUCCACGGCGUCAAAGGAUUACGAGUGAUCGAUGCUAGUAUAUUUCCAGUGAUUCCCAGUGGCAACACGCACGCCCCUACAAUGAUGGUUGCCGAGAAAGGGUCAGACAUGAUCAAACAAUUCUAUAUUUAGAUGAUGUAGCAUAACCAUCCUUUUAAAA